AUGACGGCUGAUCUUGCCCCCGUAGCGUCGUCCACAUCCGGCACUUCCGUGCCAGCCACGCGGGUAAAAUCAUCCGCAUCGACGACGAGCCAGUUUGGAUAUCCGCGCGGACACUUGGGAUACCUGAGUGAGCAUGAGGCCGAGGCAUUGGACAAGUUCAAGAAUGUUUUGGAGGAGAGGGGCGCUUGGAAAAGAGAACCUGCCAGUCACGACGACCAGACGCUGCUUUCCACAAAAGCCGGCACAAAACUAACAUUGAAUCCUGCGGGCUUCGAGUAUCCGCAAUGGACGGGUCGUCGUGAUCGUCGCGGAAUACCCCUCUACGUCUUUGAGAUCAAGAACCUCGACUCCAAAACCGUCUCCGAAUACGAACGUCUCGGCGCCAAAUCCACCUUUUCCGACGCCCAGACCGAUGGCAAGACACCUCCUGGACUGUUGCGCCUGUUCGCGCUGUACGAGAACCUGACGCGCUUCAGUCAGCCCUUUUGCACGCAGCUCACGGAUCGAGAAUUCCCCGACGUCCCCGUGACCAUGAGCACCAACAUUGUGGACAUUUCGGGCGUCGGGCUGAAGCAGUUCUGGAAUCUCAAGGGCCACAUGCAGGCGGCCAGCCAGCUUGCCACGGCGCACUAUCCCGAGACGCUGGACCGAAUCUUCAUCAUCGGCGCGCCCUUCUUCUUCAGCACCGUAUGGGGCUGGAUCAAGCGCUGGUUCGAUCCCAUCACGGUGUCGAAGAUCUUUGUCCUGGGCCCGCACGAGGUCAAGCCCACGCUGGAGGCGUUUAUCGAACCCCGCAACAUACCCAAAAAGUACGGUGGCGAGCUAGACUUUUCGUUUGGACAGCUGAGCGUGCCGGAUCCGAAUUGGGAGGGGGUCGUAGAGUGGGAGAAUGGGUAUUCGUCGUUUCCAAGUGGCCCCUUGUUGUGGGAAGACGUUGACGACGGCAAGAGAGCGGCCUGUAUCGCACUGGGUAAAGACAAGGGCACGCCCAGGAAGGUGCGCAUCUGCACGGUGCCAAAGACAUGGCCUGCCGAGGAGGAUGGGCAGACGCAGACAAACGGGCAGAGGGCCGACGUGGCAACGGAGGGAACCCAGACGAAUGGCGAGGUGUCGGAGGGCACACAGACGGCUGAAGAUACGAGAGACGAUGGUGCGCAGACCGGAGAGGCGGACGGGAUUACGAAUGGCGAGAUUGUAGAGAAGCUGAAGCUGACGGAGGGGGAGACUGUGGCUGCGCGGGUUGCGCCGGCUGCCACUGCUUAG